UCAAUUCUUUCGAUAAGACUUUCAAAAAUAAGUGAUCGUUUACUGAGGCAGAGUAGGAGUGCCGCUUGCCCUGUAAACACAUUCCAUGUCUGCUUUCUGAGAAGUGAUAAUCUCUGGUGCUGGAUGAACGUGUUGGAGAUGGGGAAAAAUUUAUGUCACUUUGGUGCUCAUACGAUAAAUGUGUGAGCAUUACACAGGAGGUGUUGUAGAUUUGAAUCUUAUCUAUAUGUGCUGUUAGAAACCAGUGGACAAGUUAACAUAUGGGUAAUCUGAUUCGAUUUUGAUAAAUGUAAGGGAGAUGAACUCUUAGUAGCUGUAAGGGUUUUUGGAAACUGAAGUGAUGUUUCUGGUUUGAAUAAAAAAAUAUAUACAUUAUUAGCAUAUAUGUAAAUGUAUACACACAGUUUAUUCAAAACGAUUUUUAAAAUGUUAAAAGCCAGGCGGGGUUGAGAGAGAGCCAGCGGAACAGAGGAUGUUCAUGGAGGGGAACAAUCGCUUUGCUUCCAUAUCGUCGAAUUGCGUUUAUUUGUACAACUGGUCUUUAUUUAGAGUUGGUGGAGGUCAUCCUGAGAAUGGCAUUGCUAGAAAUGAAGUACCGAUAGCAGUUGAAGGAUUCACAACAUCAGAUUUACUUGACCAUGAUAAAUUUAGAACUUCGCCAAUAGAAUCCCGAAUAGAGAAGUGCAAGUUGAGAACAAUCAAUGGGAUGAACGUUCUCCUAAUGGGCGCAAUAGAUGAGCAAGGCACCUAUGAAAAUGGUUUUCCUUUCCAAGUAAUAAGUCCAUUUCUUACUGGCUUCCCAUUUAACUGGAACCUUGUUAUUAAUGAAUGCUGUAGCCAAGCAAGUUUGAAUGUGAGCAUGCUGCCCACUAGUAAAGAGAAGUAUGCAUGGCAGGAAAAGGUUGAAAAUCUGAAUUCUUGUCAUUCUGGAACGAACACAGAGGAUGGGGGAACUGUUAUAUCAAGUUUUUUAGAGGUGGAAGAAGAAACAUACAAAGUAGAGGAAAGCACAUCCAAAAUAAUUUCUAGAGAAUCCUUGGUAAGAGGCGGAAAGAGGGGAAGAUAUGGCUCCCAAGCUAUUCAAUCAUCAAAGCGACUUAAAUGUGACAAUUUAAGCAUAAACGGCAAGCCAAAAGAUCUUAUUCCCUCUGUGGAAUUACCUGAGAAUUCUAAUAUUUUAUCCUCGGGUAUUCAUACUGUGUGUGUAGAAAAGAAAGUUCUGACUCCAGAACAAAUGCUCUCUUGUAUAGAAACCUAUGAAAGUUUUGAUAAAGAAAAUCAUUUGAUAGAUUCUGGCAGUAAAUUGUUGAGGAAGAAGUCUCUCAAAGUCUUAGUAUCUGAGGAAGACAAAUAUUCUGUUAAGAGAAAUAAGAAUACUGUGAAAUAUGAUGUAAUAAGAAGUAUGAAGGAAUUGAGAGAAUCCAAGAAGCAGAUCCAGAGUGGGAGUUGUCUUGUUGAAGCCAAAUUAACACAAUUGUUGUGCUCAGCUACAAAAGAAAGCGGUUGCCAAGACCAGACAAAUAGCCAUUUUGACAGUGCAGGGGACACUGUUCAUCAAAGAAUUGACAAGAAUGGAACAGAGCAAUCACCUGCAGAGAAUGAGCAUUUGGACCAAAUGAAGAGCAACUGUACUUCACGAGUACAACAAACUCAAAAAAUUCAAAAACCAGUUUCAGAAUUUCCUGGUACAGGUUGCAAAACAGGAAAGUUGAUAUCAUCGGAUAAGUCACAAACAAAGAGAUAUAGAACGAGUAAAUCUUCUCAAGCAUCAAGGUAUGAAAUUUGUGGUAAAAUUACAGAUGAGACUGUAAUAGAGUUGUCUAAUGUGACUUGUCUUGAGGAUAUCACCAGUGCUGGUGAAAAAUGUAAAAAGUACAACCUAUUUCCAUCUGAUCCAGAUUCUGGACUGAUUUCUAAUGAAAUAACCAGCAAUGAGGAAGAUGGGAAGGAGCAGAUUGAAGUAGACUGUUUAGCAGAUGUUGCUGAUUUUGAAUUUAUAUGUAUGAAGGAAGAUAUUUCAUCUGCUUGUGCAGAAAAUAAGCCCACUUCAUUACCAGAAACUCAUCUAAAUAGUGAUGUCAAUAAAUCUGUGAAACAGGUGAACAAUUCAAGCACAAAGAAAAGGGGAAGUUCUAAGACCAGAACAAGGCACACAGAUCAAUCUUCUAAACUUUCUGAAACAUUUGUUUGCUAUCAGACCACUGUGAAUGAUGAUGACAUGGUGAAAUACAAUGAAAUAGAUGCAACUCGUGAUGCUAAUCUUCACCAGGUAGAAAGUGAAAUUGAACAUGGCAUGACAUCUAAGAAUUGCACUGAAAUUGGCAAUACUUGUCGACAGGGAAAUGGUGAUGGGGAGAAAGGCAGCAGGCAAAUUCCAAAGACUAGUAUAAGAACAAACAUGCAACCUCAAACAAACAGAAGGCAGUUACAAGAGAAUAUCCCACCCACUCCUCGACGUUGUGUACAUACAACUCUUGAAGAAGUCUCAAAAGAAAAUGGAAAACAACUCAGGAGGACAAGAAGCUCAAAAAGUUCAGAUGUGCAUUUGAGGCAAAUGGAAAGCAACUGUACUUCGGGGGGACAACAAACUCAAAAAAUUCAGAAACCAGUUUCAGAAUUUCCUGGUACAGAUUGCAAAACAGGAAAGUUGACAUCAUCAGAUAAGUCACAAACAAGCAGAAAUAGAAAGACUAAAUCUUCUCAAGCAUCAAGGGAUGGACUAUAUGGUGAAAUUACAGAUGAGACUGUAAAAGAGUUGUCUAAUGUGACAAGUCUUGAUGAAAUCACCAGUAUUGGUGAAGAAAGUAAAAACUACAACCUAUUUCCAUCUGAUUCAGAGUUUGGACUGAUUUCUAAUAAAAUAACCAACCCUGGGGAAGAUGGGAAAGGGCAGCGUCAGAUUGAAGUAGACUGUUUGGCAGAUGUUGACAAUUUUGAAUUUAUAUCAUCUGUUUCUGCAGAAAAUAAGCCCACUUCAUUACCAGAAAAUCACCUCAAUAAUGAUGUCAAUAAGUCUGUGAAACAGCUGAACAAUUCAAGCAAAAAGAAAAGGGCAAGGCCUAAGACCAGAAAAAGGCACACAGAUCAAUCUCCUAAACUUUCUGAGACAUUUAUAUGCUAUGAGAACACUAUGAAUGAUGGUGUGAUGCUGAAAUGCAAUGGUACAGAUGCAACUUGUGGUACUAAUCCUCGCCGAGUAGCAAGUGAAAUUGAACAUGGCAUGACAUCCAAGAAUUUCACUGAAAUUGGUGAUACUUGUCAAGAGAGAAAUGAUAAUGGGGAGAAAGGCAGCAUGCAAACACCAGAGACUAGUACAAGAAUAAAUAUGCAAACUCAAACUAACAAAAAGCAGUUACUAAAUAAUAUACCACCCCAUCCUCAACGUCGUGUACAUACAACUCCUGAAGAGGUUUCAAAAGCGUUUGGCUUAAAGACUUCAAAAUCUGGACGAUUACUUGUUCCACCGCUUGCUUACUGGUGCAACCAAACAAUUGCUUAUGAUAUGGACGGUAGUAUUAUAGCUAUUCAUGAUGCAUCGUCUCAAAGAGAUGAAGAUUCUGGCAGCCUAUUUUUUACACCCCCUAAACAGAAAGGUGCUAUACAAAUGCAGAAAAAGUUAUGCAAUGCAGCAAAUGAAAACAUCUCAAGACCCAAAGAUUUGCAAGGAAAUCAUGCAAGAAUUGAGUCAUUCAAGGAUACCCUUUGUAAAGCUUCAGAUUAAAUUUGCUUGUUAACUUGGUGAUUUUUCAAGAUAACCAAGACCAUCAUGGUUCAAUUCUGUGUUUGUUUUUAAUGCCCAUUUCUUUUCUAAUAGAUGAUUAGUUGGGGCUUUCAAAGCAUGUUAGAGGCCUAUUGUUCAAGCUAUAUGCCAAAUUCUCAAAAACCCGAAUCAACGUUGUAAUCUAUCACAUAUCAUAAAGUUGAUCCUUCAGAGGCAUAAAA